GUUGUCUCAAAACCAAACAGGAAGUUCUGUGAACAGAAGCGUUUUCCCUGUGGUCAGAUCUGCCUAGCACUGCUCAGUUUGAACCUGACAAUCAGCUGCUACCACUAUACAGAGCUUGCUACUUUGUAGAGCACCCUUCCCCUGACCAACUAAGGUAGUUUGGUUUUAUAAACAACACCCUUUUCUCGUGCUUUGACCCACACCAGGUUGGGGAAAGCCUGUCAGGGACCCAACUCAGCCUUGAGAUUGCCAGCAGACACAACAAGGGGUGGGGACACCGUGGGCAGUAGCAGAGCCAAGCAGAUACCCAGCCCUAGCCUGCCACUAGGACCCUUCGGGCUCUGAGCGUCAGUCCUUUUCCACAUGGACCCCACAGUAGUGCUCAUUACCGGUUGCUCCUCUGGAAUCGGCCUACACUUGGCUGUUCGUCUGGCUUCUGACCGGUCCCAGAGCUUCAAAGUUUAUGCCACAUUGCGGGACCUGAAGGCACAGGGACCAUUGUUGGAGGCAGCCAGGGCUAAAGGAUGCCCUCCUGGCUCCCUAGAGAUACUGGAAUUGGAUGUCAGAGAAUCUGAAUCUGUGGCAGCUGCCCAGGCAUGCGUGACUGAGGGUCGUGUGGAUGUACUGGUCUGUAAUGCUGGUCGCGGCUUGUUCGGGCCGCUGGAAGCGCAUGAGUUGAACACUGUGGGUGCUGUGCUGGACGUGAAUGUGCUUGGGACCAUUCGGAUGCUGCAGGCCUUUCUGCCAGACAUGAAGAGGCGCCACUCCGGGCGUGUGCUGGUGACCGCGAGUGUGGGAGGCUUGAUGGGGCUGCCAUUCCACGAAGUGUACUGUGCCAGCAAGUUUGCGCUCGAAGGUCUCUGCGAGAGUCUGGCGAUCCUGCUGCCGCUCUUUGGAGUCCAUGUGAGCCUCAUCGAGUGUGGGGCAGUGCACACAGCCUUCUAUGAGAAGCUGGAGGGCGGCCCGGGCGGGGCUCUGGAGCGAGCAGAUGCGAAGACCCGCCACCUCUUUGCGCACUACCUGCGUAGAUACCAGCAAGCCCUGAGCCAGGCGCAGGACCCAGAGGAGGUGACUGAGGUCUUCUUGACUGCAAUGAGAGCCCCGCAGCCCGCGCUGCGCUACUUCUCCACGAACCGCUUCCUGCCGCUGGCCCGGAUGCGCACAGAGGAUCCCAGUGGCAGCAGCUAUGUCGCAGCCAUACACCGCGAGGCCUUCUCUGAUCUGCAGGCCCAAGAGUAUGCCAAAGCUUGGGCCCAAGUCCCAGGGGACCCGGACACGGCCUCCAGAGCCCUCAUUUAUCUCCCUGAAUGUGCAACCCCUAGGGUGGCAUCUGAAUUGGGGUGGUCAGCCUCGGACAAACCAGGUCAGGACAAAUCAUGUUACCAGCAAAAGAUCUAAGCCAGCGUCUCUUUUUUUUUUUUCUUAUGUUAGAAUAUGUUUUGUUUUAAGACAGGGUCUCACUAUAGCCCUGUCUGGAUUGUAACUCAUAAAGAUCCACCUGCUUCUGCCUCCUGAGUGCUGGAACCUUAGGUGUGUGCAACCACACACUUCUCAGAAUCAUUGAAAUAGUGCAACCGUCUUCAUGGUCAAGAAAAGAGGGCUGAUAUCCAAGUUGCUAGGUUAAGGGGUUUUUCUUUCAAUAAAUAAUUAUCAUACAUGAUGUG